GCCGGGGCGGUCCGCGCUGGCGGUGGGCGCACUCGGGGCGGCGCUUCCUGUUCUAGUCACUGCGCGGCUGCAGCUCGGGCCUUGCCGGACUCCAGCCGACCAUGGCCUCAGCGUGGGAAGAGCUACAGAAAGAUUUAGAAGAGGUAAAGGUGCUGCUGGAAAAGACCACUAGAAAGAGAGUACGAGAUGCCCUUACAGCUGAAAAAUCCAAGAUUGAGACAGAAAUCAAGAACAAGAUGCAGCAGAAAUCACAGAGCAAAGCAGAACUUCAUGACAAUGAAAAGCCAGCUGCUGUGGUUGCUCCCAUCACCACAGGAUACACAGUGAAAAUCAGUAAUUAUGGAUGGGAUCAGUCUGAUAAGUUUGUGAAAAUCUAUAUCACCUUAACUGGAGUUCAUCAAGUGCCCCCUGAGAAUGUGCAAGUGCAUUUCACAGAGAGGUCAUUUGAUCUUUUGGUAAAGAAUCUAAAUGGGAAGAAUUAUUCCAUGGUUGUGAACAAUCUCUUGAAACCCAUCUCUGUGGAAGGCAGUUCAAAAAAAGUCAAGACUGAUACAGUUCUGAUCUUAUGUAGAAAGAAGGCAGAAAACACACGGUGGGACUACCUGACUCAGGUUGAAAAAGAAUGCAAAGAGAAAGAGAAGCCCUCCUAUGACACUGAAACAGAUCCUAGUGAAGGAUUGAUGAAUGUUCUAAAGAAAAUUUAUGAAGAUGGAGAUGAUGAUAUGAAGCGAACCAUUAAUAAAGCCUGGGUGGAAUCAAGAGAGAAGCAAGCCAAAGGAGACACAGAAUUUUGAGUUUUGAAGUCCUUUUGAGAACUGUGAUGUGGAAAUACCGAUGUUUCCACUUAGGAAAUGUUGGUGAGCUGCACAGAUAAAUUUGAUAGAUAACUAUUUACUUAGCCUUCUAAGUAAAGGCAAUGAAUUCUCCAUUACCAGCUGGAGGAUUUAUUUAAAUAAAAUAUGCUUAUUAUACACUUCCUCCAAACACGGUUUCCUCAAUACUUGUUCAUUUUGUUUAAGAAAGGAUAAUAUGUAUUCUGGUAUGAAAUGUAAAAAAGGCAAAUCUUGCCUAAU